GGGUUGGGUGAAGGCGGACGAAGCAGCCUGUAAUCUAGGCUGCAGCAACCACUGCUGCUCGGCACGCGGCCGCGCUCUGACCCUUCCUUUUUGGGCAGGCUCGCAGGCGCAAGCACGGUCGGCGUCCCACGGCCUCGAACUCCAGGGCCUCCCCUGGGCAGGCCGCGGAUCGCCCACCCCUGCCCCGAGUGUGUAUCCGCCGGGACCCAGCCGCCGCCUAACGCGGGCGGCACUGGAGCGGCGGCGCCGAAGCCGCGCCUCAGGCUCGGAAGAACAACCCUGAGAGGCCGCCUCGUCCUCUGCAGCCGAGCGGCGGAUGUUCUUUUAAGGAGUUAUUGAAGACGAAGUUUUUUUUUGUUUGUUUUUGUUUGUUUUUUAAUGGCUUUACAGAAUUUUAAAUCGAAUACAGUUUGACAUGACGGCAAAAAAUGUUGGUUUGCCUUCCACAAAUGCAGAACUAAGAGGAUUUAUAGAUCAGAAUCUCAGUCCAACAAAAGGUAACAUUUCAUUUGUUGCGUUUCCAGUUUCCAGCACCAACUCACCAACAAAGAUUUUACCAAAAACCUUAGGACCAAUAAAUGUGAAUGUUGGACUCCAAAUGAUUAUAAGCACACCACAGAGACUAACCAGUUCAGGAAGUGUUCUGAUUGGGAGUCCAUAUACCCCUGCACCAGCAAUGGUUACUCAGACACACAUAGCAGAAGCUACUGGCUGGGUCCCAGGUGAUAGAAAACGAGCUAGAGAAUUUAUAGAUUCUGAUUUUUCAGAAAGUAAACGAAGCAAAAAAGGAGAUAAAAAUGGAAAAGGCCUGAGACAUUUUUCCAUGAAAGUGUGUGAGAAAGUUCAGCGGAAAGGUACAACAUCAUAUAAUGAAGUGGCUGAUGAGCUGGUAUCAGAGUUCACCAAUUCAAAUAACCAUUUGGCAGCUGAUUCGCAGGCCUAUGACCAGAAGAAUAUUAGGAGAAGAGUUUAUGAUGCUUUAAAUGUGCUAAUGGCAAUGAACAUAAUUUCAAAGGAAAAAAAAGAAAUCAAGUGGAUUGGCCUGCCUACCAAUUCUGCUCAGGAAUGUCAAAAUCUUGAGAUCGAGAAGCAGAGGCGGAUAGAACGGAUAAAGCAGAAGCGGGCCCAGCUGCAAGAACUUCUCCUGCAGCAAAUCGCUUUCAAAAACCUGGUUCAGAGAAAUCGGCAAAAUGAACAGCAGAACCAGGGCCCUCCAGCUCUGAACUCCACCAUUCAGCUGCCAUUUAUAAUCAUCAAUACAAGCAGGAAAACAGUCAUAGAUUGCAGCAUCUCCAGUGACAAGUUUGAAUAUCUUUUUAAUUUUGACAACACCUUUGAGAUCCAUGAUGACAUAGAAGUACUGAAGCGGAUGGGAAUGUCCUUUGGCCUAGAGUCAGGCAAAUGCUCUCUAGAGGAUCUGAAACUUGCUAAAUCACUGGUGCCGAAGGCGUUAGAAGGUUAUAUCACAGAUAUCUCCACAGGACCUUCUUGGUUAAAUCAGGGACUACUUUUGAACUCUACCCAAUCAGUUUCAAAUUUAGACCUGACCACUGGUGCCACCUUGUCCCAAUCAAGCGUAAACCAAGGGUUGUGCUUGGAUGCUGAAGUGGCCUUAGCAACCGGGCAGUUCCUUGCCCCAAACAGUCACCAGUCCAGCAGUGCGGCCUCUCACUGCUCUGAGUCCCGAGGCGAGACCCCCUGUUCCUUCAACGACGAAGACGAGGAAGAUGACGAGGAGGAUUCCUCCUCCCCAGAAUAAAGCCAGGAGAAAACCCACGUUUUACUAGUUGAUGCUCAUGUGUGUUUUUAGUGUGAGCUCUUGUUUUUGAAAUGAUUGCUUCAGUCUUUGCCUUUGUUUGCACUGUGUGUUCAGUGAAAACUAGGGAAACACAAUAAGCAAAUUCUGUGAAGGCUGAGAGGAUUGAGAUGAAAAAAGCUAACAUAGCGUGAACGAGAACUUUAAACAACAGAGCAAUAGAUCACACCACAGACAAAGCGGUUUUCUGAGGUGAUAGAGGGGACAGUCCCUAAGGAAUUGGCAGCAUGAAUGAAGCUCGUUUAUCUUCCACGAGGUGGGGUCUUUGUGUUCCCCCACACCCACGUAACCCUCCUUAGAAUCAGGAUUGCUGUAAUGAACAGUCCUUGACAUCAUGUUUGUCGUGUUUCUCUUCCUUGCCUGGGCUGCCUUUUACAAGCAGAAAUGAACGUGAGAAGAUCCCAGUGCAGGUGAGCGGGACAGCGCAGGGCGGAGGUGGCAGUCCUCGUGGUGUGAGGAGCACAGGUUGAACCGCUGAGCCAGCUGAAAGCCUGGUUGAUGUGCUUUACGCAUCAGCUGCCUUAGACGGCUUCUAGAAAGGAGCAAGCGCUGAUUCUUAAGUACUUAAGUGACAUGUAGAAUAAUUUAUAGUAAACCUGAAGUGAUCAUUAUUAGCCAAUGCAUUGGUGCAUAGAAUUUUUUUAGGGCUACUUCUGGAAGCCAAAAUAGAAUAGCAUUUCCAUGUGCAUUAAAUACUUUGCCAGCACUGCCUUUGCCAGCAUUCUAAAUCUGGAGUUUUACAGAGAAGGAAAUUGUACCUAUAGUUUUAAUCAAAGCUGUGCAUUUCAUAUAGCUUUUUCAUUUAAAACAAAACAGACGGAUUCCUGUGAUCGAAUUGCUUGCUUCUAGUUCCCUGCAGUACUUGUAUGAUUCCACUCGAUAUGCAGUUUGUGAACAUGAACCAAACGUCAUUACUUGUCUUUAAAGUCUGUUUCAAGAAUAUGAACAGCAGCGUUCUCCUGUACAUGUCACCUUUUGUACAUUGUAAUUCAUCAAAAUUACCUUAUCAGGUUUAUUCCUGGCUAAAUUGCAUUUCACAUUAACCCGAUAAUUCACCGUUUCACAGGGACACCGACAAAUGUUGAUCACUCCAAACGAUUGGAUUUAUAGCAGUGCGGUAUACAGUUUGUUAUUUCAUAGCCAAAGAUGCCGCUGGGCAUACUGCACUGGUGUGUUCACAGUUCCUGCCCCUCUGAAUAUUCAGGGGAGUGAAUAUUCCGCCAGCAUGGCCUAACCUCGAUUUAAUUUCACACUAAGGCCUUGAGAAGAGCAAAUAAUAAUGGAAAAUAACUCGACUCAGCUCAUUUGGAUAUGCCUCUGGAUUAUGCAUCUAACACCUUUGGGCCCAGCACCAAGCCCAUCCCAAAUCAGUUCUUUUCUAAAUCCAUGGGGGAAGUACAGAUGCCUUCUUAAAGUUCUGCCACUCUGCUUAGAGUGAGCCAGCGGUGAAAGAUUUGGCUGACCUAAAAUUUUGUUACUAAGGCCAUGAAAAUUAAUACACAAGGACCUGCAGCUUUAACUGAAGUUCCUUGAGACAACACUCAUUCUGUCAGAAAUAAGCCAUAGUGCAAACUCAAGAGGGGUCAAGGGCGCAGAGAGAUUGAGGCAGCUUUUAGAGAAUUGUGUCUCAGCCUGAGUUCUGGGGCAUCUCAGUCUGGGUGGACGGGAGGGGUCCGAAAUACUGCAGAGGCUGCAGCAGGUCCCUGAGGGCCUCCAAGAUACUUCUGACUUGAAGACCAUCAGCUACACGGGCGGGUAAAGCCAAGUUUCCUUCCAAACUGCCGCCUCCUUUACUGACCCUUUAGUACCCGCAUCCCUAUACUUGAGGGAGCCCUGAGCAAAGGGCCACAGCUAGCUCUUUAGUCUUCAAAAUAUGGUGUACAGGUCCCAAGACCUGUACAUCAGUGUUUGUGAUAGGUACACUAAUCAUUCCUCCACCAAAUAGCAAAGUCCUUGCUGGAGUUCUUGGGGUACCACCCCCUUCUCUAUUCUCUCUCUCUCUCUGUCUCUGCUGCAGUAGUGUUUCAAACUGAUAAAAUACAGGUUUGUUUGUUUUUUUAAAGCAACCAAAGACUCUUAACAUUAUUAGUGUCCCAUCGCUGGCUAUAAGUGUGUGCUCUUUGGUGGGAGGUGAUCUCCGUCCCUCGAUAAGGUGUUUCGGUUACCGCGGAGGACAUCUGUUGGCACCGCACCGUAGUCUCCAGUACAUGUUGGCGUAAAGCCUUGCCUGAGCAGAAAAGUAGGUUGACAUGUUUAGAAAGAUAACUUCUGUUAUUCUUCUGUGUCUCUCAUAAACAGAUUUUUGAAAAAUUCAGCACUUAAUCACAAUUCCAUUUAGAAAGCAAAGUAACAAAAUGUUAGGAAAUGAUUGUUACCAUAUCCAGGAUUCUCUAUAGGAGUAGCACUUGGGGGUUGCACGCGCGCGCACACACACACACACGCACGCACUCACACACCCCUCCCGAAGGUGCUGGUUAUACUCUACUCUUUGGGGAGUUUAAGAGGCCUUUUCCUCCUCAAGGGUCAGUUCAGCUAUUAACCCUUUCAAGUGCAUAGUAGCAUUCGGUCAGUAAAUUCCUGUUUCCUUCCGCACUUGUACAGGGGGCACCAGACCUGCCACAUCUGACCCUUAUGUGGGAAGGCCACGCUGCCGGAGUCCAUGGCAGUGCUGAAGGCACCCGGGUACCUGCCCAAGCCUCCCUUCACCCUACCCACUAAGAAUUUGUCUCAUCCACUUAAUCUUUGCAUGUGAUGAAAACAGCUUUAGUAAGUGCUGAUGUGAAUUGUGCCUUAUGAUCAGAGCGGGUGUCAGGGAGGGGGCAGGAAUGGAGGUGCUAACACAGUGAUUCCUCACCUCAGUGAUGUGCACUGUCCCUGGAAGACUUCACAGAUCAUGUCCACAGUUUCUGUUUCCUUCAGUUUAAUUCUUUAUAGAUGUACGACAUGUCUGCUAUCUUACCAGGAUGAAAGAGGAUAACUCCGCUCAUUCGCAAAAUUUACAGUUGUAAUCAUAACCCUGCCAUACUGGAAAAAUAAAGCCACGGUCAGUCCUCAAA